CCCGUCAAUCUCUCCGCCCUUCUCUCCUUUUUACAAACGGCGUUGCGGUUGGCUUCCGUGUAAGACGGCGAGCGCGGCCGGUCCAGGGUCAACUCGAACCCGGUUCAGAUCCGAGAAGCCGGCCAUCACCCGGCCCGUUUGCGCCCCCCUACCUCCUCGCAUCCGUCACCGAUCUUUGCGAUUGCGGCUUCUUCGGAUCUUCCUCCCCAAGUCCCAGCCGCGGAGUAGAAGAGGCCUCCUCCUCCAAGAUAUUGUUAGUCAAGAAUUCAAAUCUCGAUACUAAUUGAAAAUUUGCGUGACAUGGCUCCUGCCCAAGCAUUAGUUGGUAUUGAUGAAGAAAGAAAACCUGAUAUUGUUGUUAAAUCUGAAGCGGAGGAGGCAAAUGGAGAAAAAGUGAUGAUGAGUGAGGCAACGGGCUUGGUGUGCAUGAAUAACUUUGAAGACAAUGGAUUCUAUGCUGAGUCAUCGUGUAUCCUGAAAAAGGUGGAUGAUGGCAUGGAUCAGGAAGUCGAAAUUCUUGAUUGUGAUGAUGGUUUUGCCAUUGAGAAGGUUAAAGCGGAAGACCCUGAUGCCACGGAUUACUCGAGCUCAUUUGGGGGCACAAUCGCGGGGUCUGAUAAUGAGUCAAAGCUUAACCAGAGUGAUGUUGAAGUGGACUCUGGGUUUGGGGUUAUGAAUGGUGAUCCUGCUGUUUUUGAUGGGUUUAACAGAGUUUUUAAGAAGAAAAAGGUAACUGCUCAUUGGAGAAAAUUCAUCAGCCCUCUAAUGUGGAGGUGCCAGUGGUUAGAAUUACAGAUGAAGGAACUGCAGUCGCAAUCAUUAAAAUAUGAUAAAGAACUUGCAGCAUACAAGCAUGAAAAAGAGUUGCAGAUGAAAAUGGUUGAAUUGGACGGUUCUGUAUCUAGAUCAGUGCCUCUGACUAGUAGAAGUCCCAAAAAACAAAUUAUGAAGAGGAGAAAAAGAAAAAGAAAUGAAGAUAUAGCUGAUAUAUCAUCAUAUAUGUCAAACCACCAUAUAUUCUCCUAUUAUGAAAACAAGAAAACUGAAACAGAUGGUCACUCAGUUGAUGAUGAUUGUGGCGAACAAGCAGAUGAGAAUGUUAGAGGCACCGAGGACAGUGAGUGGUUACUUGGCAUCAAGGGUCGUGACAGUUCAUUAGAGCAAAUUCUUUUGAACAUCGAAGCUGUUCAGUCCCGAGUUCUCAAGUUGAAGACUCAUCUCAACAAGGUCAUGUGCAGAUAUGCUGCAGAGAUCUCUUCGUAUCCUCCUAGUUAUGCUCAAAGUCAUAGUGGUUCUCCUAGAAAUAAUGAUGGAUUGCCAGUUGGAGCUAUAGGUACUCCACCGCAUCAUGUAUCUGAAUAUGAGAUGGAAGAUAUGGUAAUGCCCGGAAGUGCAGUUUCGAGCUAUGGAGAUGCUGCUGAAGUGGAUAUCAUUGAAAGCACAGUGGGCCUACUGUCUGCUGCUGAUGGCCCUUUGAAUCAGCGUCAGAUCAGAGACUUGUACAAAGAUAGUGCUGAUGAUGUUCUAAUAGACAAUCAAGCAGCUGAGGAAGAGUUUCAGAAUUUUGGGAAGGUCAGUCAGCCAAGAGAAAAACCUGAAGAAUUGGUUAAAGAAGAAGCGGAAUCCCCUUCUGAGGAGGAGAGCAUUGCCCCCAAAGUUUCAAACCCCGGGCCAGGUCCAGAGACAGAAAAUGUUGUUAUGCCACAACAAACAGCUCUGAAGCCCUGCUACUCAGGAAAACGCAGAGGGCGAAAGCCUAAGAGGAAGCGGCGGGGGGGUUCUAUGGCUGCGUUAAAUAGUUUGAGGAGUGAGAGGCUUCAGAAACUGAGAAUUUCAGGAAGAAAAAGUUAGCCUUUAGAUUUCUUUCGGUGUGUUUGGAAUUUCAGGUCUUGCUAUGAACAGAGUUUUGUCAGUGAACUUGGGUGGGUCCUUUUAUUUUCUAUGCUGCCCUUGUACUUCAUUAAGUGCUAAUCUGAGAGCUGAUAGCUUUGUAAAUUGGUUUGCUCAGGAACAGGAUUUAAUUGAAAAUAAUAGAAACUCGGCUUUUGGAGGACA